AAGAAUUCUGCUUUUUCUUUUCUAUUCUGUUACUGCCCUGUGCUUCCUUUGGUGCAGAGAAGGGGGAAAAAAAAAGAAACUUCACUUUAAAAAAUACUACUCUACCAAUAUUUAGAGAGCUGAAUCAAUAAUUUUAUGCUACUUUAGCUGUCAUCUUCAAUUAUUAGAACUACAAGCGUUUUUACAGUUCAAGAGAAAAGGUUCAUCAGAACAACAUAAUCUACCAGCCUCAAAAAUUACAAAGAGAAAGGCCAUGGAUACGGAAGUCCAGUACAAGUCCGGAAAGAUAAGUAUCCCUGAGAAGUUUAUCUUUUCAAGAAAAAAGACUGUUGAGAAUAUAGAUUACCCACACUACUGUGAUCUGUUAAGGAAAAUGAACAUGCCUUUUGUGAAAGGGUUGGAGGACAGACAUAACUAUGGCAGAUUUGAAAAGAAAGGCAACCCUGCUUUUCUUAAAUUUCACCCUUAUCCCCCUUCAGUACUGCCAGACUACCAUUUGCAUUACCCAUAUCCACCACCAUUUGGCCCAAAUUAUGCAUUAUUUCCACUCCGGGAUGAUGUCCCCUUAGAAGACCCCUGUGCGAGGUUUGUGAGUCCCGGUGGUGAUGCUGACUUGAAACCUGGCACUGGCAGAGCUAUACCAAACCUGGUGGAUUUCAGUGAUGUGAAACCUCAGCACCGAGUUCCUAGACCCGACACAGGAUUUCAGUCAACAAUCAAAAGGCAAACGAUACUGGCACAAGAACUGCAACAGGACAGGAGAUGGAAUUCCAGGAAAGUACCAGACAUUUCCAUCAGAGCAAGACUUGGAGGUUGGACAAGCCCCGUGAAAGUUACUCCUUCGAAAUCCCACCAUGGGUGGAGCCCAAUAAGCCACACAGGUGCAUUCCAGGAGGAGGACACAUGUACGGGUGACGGUGAGCCACAUGUAGAGCCGAAUAAAGAAUAUGAUGCGAAGGACUCCUUUUACAAGUCCUGUACACAAAAGGCAUAUGAGGCUGUUCCUUGGGAUAAGAUGCUGCCACCAAAACUUUGUCCAGAAGAAACAACCGUAGAAAAGGCUGCUGACCUCGUCUCGCAGAGCUGCACCCUGAAGAGAUAUGAAAGUGCCCCAGCCAUCACCCAGAUGGUCGGUGGACUCUGGGACAGGUUUCAGACGAGGCCACUCUUGGUGCCCAGCAAGCCCAUCUCUUUCGUGAGUUCGAGUUCAAGGAGUAAAUACAUCCCUCUCUACACAGGCCACGUGCCGGCCCCAGACGCAGAUGCCCUGGACGACCCUUGCGCAGACGCCACGUCCUUGGCCCGGCCGAGGCUCUCAAAGCCGCUGUGCACGAACACUAGCCGCACUGCAAAUAUCCCAGGAUAUACCGGCAAGGUUCAUUUCACGGCCAUGCACCCAGCAAAUUCUCAUAUCCCAUCAACCACGCCUUCACCGGACUCCAAGCUACACAGCACCUUACGAAAAGCAAUGGGAGUUGACCUCUUCCGUCGCCAGGGGCCACUGUCCAGGAUGGUCACAACUGUGAAGCCCUGCAACCCCUUCAACAGGCAGGAGAGAGAAACUGCAUUCUUCUGAAAAAGGCCACAGCCUGGUGUGUGCGCUGUGGUGGGGAAUAAAGGAUGCGGAAUAUCCUGCUCACCUGUAUGUGUCCUGGAGUCCAGAGGCAGUGUGCCCGGGCCUGCCUUGGGCUGUCCUCCCGGUGGUGGCCUCUCAGCCUGGCCUACAAUGCAGGCCAGCUGUGAGGGUAGCGCAAUACAGGGGCUCCUGGCCUCAUCCCUCAGGGCCGGCAUGGGAGGGCACGGUCACAGAUCUGAGGAUAGAGACCUUGUCACUGUGAAAGCAGAGCCACGCGCUUCUUUGGAGACUUUCCGUUGCACAGGGGACGCUGCCACGUCGGGAAACAUCCGGGGGCAGGGAGCAAGGCCUCUCAGACCCUGAGCCGGAGUCACCAAGUGAGAGUCGAGUCCUGGCUCUGAGAGGUCAGAGGUCCACCUGCGGCCACCCCAGGGGCAGAAGACAUCUGCGCUGCAAAAAAUAAAUCCAAAGAAAGGUGCAUGCAGGUAACCCUAGUCAAUUAGUGUUACAGAGUAGCAGAAAUGUUAUGAAGGACAAUAACAUGAAAAAUGUGAUCCUUGUGCUAGAGCAAAAUAGAAAAUCUGGAAAUGAACAGGUGAAGUCAUUGAAAACCCAUGAAUACUGGAUAAAUCUUUUUCCAACAGAAGAUAUUGAGAAAAUGAUUUGAAACUAAUAAAAGUACGGCCCUCCACUAAACAAACUGCUCCUGGAACACAGGUUUAAAUGGGUCAUUUCAGGACAGAUUACCCAGAAAUCCGGGAAAUUGGUUUAUAAGGUGGUGUGUGUGGGGGG